AACUAAGCAGUCAAAAAAAAAAAAAACAAGGGAACGAGUUGUGAAAUUUGAGAGAAAAAAAAACUCAGAGCAGUGACAAACAUCGAUUCAAGAAUUGUGAAGCGCCGCCGAUUUUCGUAGAAGAUAAUCUAAUUCCAAAAUUCUCUUUUGGAUCGCUUUGCUACUUCUGAUUCCAUUUUUCUUCGGCAAAAAAUCUGGAAUCUGUAUCGUCACUACCAAAAAUUCUCUUCCUUUACCGUUUCGUUUCGCUUCUCCGGUAUCGUCUAUAUUGCGGAUUUGUCGUUGGUGCUCAAUUCCCGUUGUAUACAACUGUCUGAAGUUUAUCUCAAAGAAUCGAAAGUUGGCUGUAAUGCUUCAUCCUGACAGGAACAAGUCUAUCGGAGCAGAGGAAGCCUUUAAGUUUCUUUCGCAGGCAUGGGGUGUGUUCUCUGACAAGGCAAAGAGAGCUGACUAUGACCUGAAGAGGAAUGUGGGAUUGUAUAAGGGAGGAGGGGCAUCAUCAUCAAGGCCUGCAACCAAUGGAUUUCAGAAAGUUACUAAAGCUAGCGCUAACACAACCAAAGUAAAGAGUUCAAAGAGAGGUAUAAAACGGGCAAGUGACGCCUCUGCUGCCGCUACUCCUUCUACUUCGGCCCAGAAAACAACUGCUGAUGGGACCUUUUGGACUGUAUGCCGUACUUGCAGAACACAGUAUGAAUAUCAUCGUGUUUAUCUAAAUCAGAACCUUCUGUGUCCCAACUGUCGUAAGCCGUUUAUAGCUGUGGAAACAGAUCCUCCAGGUUCAGGUUCAAUUCGCAAGACCUUUCACGAGCACCAAUUCGACUCUCUCCGCCACACAACGGACGGAAGAAAGAAAAAUGUAUCUGGAAGAGACAACAAUGGGGUGUAUGGUGAAUGUGAUUCCUUUGAGUGGGGGAUGUUCACUGGAACCAAAAAUUCUGCUCAUGCUACACAGACUGGGUCACGGAAAGAUGAGGUUGUGCGUAGAGAGUAUACCAAAAGGGUGGCUGGUGUUUCAUCAACAAUUCCUCCAAAAAGAAGAAAGGUUACGGAAAAUGCAGUUGCUGGUGCCAACAUUGCAAGUUGUCUUGCUCCCAAGUCCACCGGUGUAAAAGAAAUUUCUGAGGAUGAGCUGAAGAAUUUAUUGAAGAAGAAAGCUAAAUCAGUAAUCAGCAGAAACCUGCCAGGAUUAUGCACCAUCGUUGCUGAAACUGAAACUGACGCAAACGGAAGGGGAAUGGAAACUGAGGAUCUCAAUGGUUUCAUUGCAGGUUCUUCAGUAAACAAAAAUGCCAUUGAAUCAUGCUGCAUGGACUCCAUUGAGGAUACUUCUGCUACUGACAAGGAUUUGAAUUCCCUGGGAGCCUUCACAUUAGAUGUUACUGCUCCAGAUUUUUGUGACUUUGACAAGGAUCGAACUGAAAAGUCAUUUGGGGAUGACCAGGUAUGGGCUUUUUACGAUUCUCUUGAAGGGAUGCCUCGAUCAUAUGCCUUGAUACAUAAUGUUAUCUCCAUAGAUCCAUUCAAGGUGCGUAUGAGUUGGCUCACUCCAGUAACAAACAGUGAGCUUAGCUCAACAAAUUGGCUUGGUUUUGGUAUACCUAAAAGUUGUGGAGGUUUUAGAGUUAGGAAAACCCAAAUCUGCAGGUUACCUUACAGUUUUUCACACAAAGUAAACCUGGUCAAAGGCAAUCAUGGGGAAUUUCUUAUAUAUCCUAGAAGAGGCGAUGUAUGGGCUCUGUAUCGGAAAUGGUCCCCUGACUGGAACUAUCUUACAGGAGUCGAAACAAUUGAGUACGAUAUAGUUGAAGUAGUUGAAGGAUAUACAGAGGAAUAUGGUGUGUCAGUGGUUCCUCUGGUUAAAGUUGCUGGUUUCAAAGCCGUGUUUCACCAUCAUUUGGAUCCCAAAGAAACUAGAAGGAUCCUUAGGGAUGAAAUUUCAAGAUUCUCUCACAUGAUACCGUCUUACUUGCUCACAGGUCAAGAAGCACCCGGUGCACCCAGAGGUUGCAGACAGCUUGACCCGGCAGCAACACCGUCUCAUCUUCUUCAGGCUAUCGAUGAUUAUCGGUAAGGUGUAAAAGAUUCAAACUUUUUGUAUCUUAGUAAUGUAAUGUAAUAUGCUUAAACAUGAACUGAAUGUUUUAUUCUAAUUUAUGGGUAACAUAGAAUCUAGAAGAACCUACAAUGCGAGUUUUCAUUGUGUUUUAUAACUAGAAAGAGGAGCUUUAACGAAUCUGAAUAUCUUCAUUAAAUGACACAUUUUGGA